GUGUGAGAGCCGUGUGAGAGAUGUGACAGGUCUCGGGUUAAUACACUGCCGGAUUGCUGCGGCUGAUGGCGCACGCUCUCGUAUUACUGCAGCCAUGCCUCAUGCUCGCCUCACACAGACCCGCAGGCCCUGAGGCGGGCGAUGCUGCCCUCUGCUGGACAAGAGCAGAAGAGCUCACAGAGUUUGCAGAAAAAAUAUAACCAUGUAUAGACCGUGUGAAUUUUAAUAUGAGCCGGCAUUCUCAAAUAUUUUGCACAGUGUGUGUGAUUUAAUUGCUGACCUGCCGAACAGUAUCCUGUUAUAAAUAUACAUCUUUGACGUGUGGUCUGACCGCAGCCGUGUCCUCUCCUCUCAUCCCGCAGUGUUGAGCAUCCGUGGUGUGCAGGAGGAGGAUCCCCCAGACCCCCAGAUCAUGCGCCUGGAUAACAUGCUGCUGGCCGAAGGAGUUUCCGGUCCCGAGAAAGGCGGAGGUUCUGCCGCGGCGGCAGCGGCGGCGGCCGCCGGAGGAUCGCCGAACGACGGCAGCGUGGAGCACUCGGACUACAGAGCCAAACUCGCUCAGAUCCGCCAGAUCUACCACUCCGAGCUGGAGAAAUACGAACAGGCCUGCAGUGAAUUCACCAACCACGUGAUGAACCUGCUGAGAGAGCAGUCACGCACACGGCCCAUCUCACCCAAAGAGAUCGAGCGCAUGGUGGCCAUCAUUCACCGCAAGUUCAGCUCCAUCCAGAUGCAGCUCAAGCAGAGCACCUGCGAGGCAGUCAUGAUCCUCCGCUCACGCUUCCUCGACGCCAGACGCAAGAGACGCAACUUCAACAAGCAGGCCACAGAGGUGCUGAAUGAGUAUUUUUACUCGCACCUGUCCAACCCCUACCCCAGCGAGGAAGCCAAGGAGGAGCUGGCCAAGAAGUGCGGCAUCACUGUGUCUCAGGUCUCCAACUGGUUCGGCAACAAGAGAAUUCGGUACAAGAAAAACAUCGGCAAGUUUCAGGAGGAAGCCAACCUGUACGCAGUAAAAACAGCUGUGGACGCAGCCAACGCCUCUGCACAGGCCAGCCAGGCCAACUCCCCCGCCACGCCCAACUCAGGUGGAUACCCAGCGCCCUGCUACACACCUGACGGCCGGCUAUGAGGAGCGGUCAGGAAGUGCCCUUUACACCCCACACUGCCUAGACGCCAACAGCAGCUGGCAGGAAAACCCCAUCACUCCUCCACCCGGACAUCCCAGCAGCGUCCAAUCACAACCCUGCAACUGAGAGAGACACAGUAACACACACACACACACACACUCAUACACACUUCAGCGCUUCCACCAGUCCAACUCCACUUCCUCCUCGGACUCAACUUUGUUUUGCAAGCUCUCAGCUAGAACGACGGUACCGAGCCCCCCAUCCACCCCGAGCCCCCACACACAGACACACACACACACACUCACUCACACACUCCCUCACACACUCCCUCACACACUUUCAAGUUUGGACUUCAUUGGACAGUCGUCUAGGAGCCUUCGCUCAGGAAGGAAACACAGGAAAAGGAAAAAGAAAGGUCACACGUCAGAGCAUUCUGCUCUGUUGCUGGAGUGCUGUGUGUGUGUGUGUGUGUGUGUGUGUGUGUGUGUGUCCACACGCACGCACAUUUACUAAGCCAGCUACAUUGAAGACCACAGGAUCCUCCGACCUGCCUGCUUUGAACCAAAGCGCUGUCCGUCCGUCAGAGAAGCUCCUCAGACUGCCGCAGGUCAACACCACGCAGGUUCUCCUCAGCUCCCUGUCUGUGACCGCUUUCCCGCGCCGUACGCUCCAACAGCUGCCUACGUCACUAAGGUCAUUGGUCCCUAAGGAGAGCACUCGUACGUCUCACACGUUUCUACUCGGUAGCCGUCUUCCUGCGUUUCCAAAAAAAAUCUAUAUAAAUCUAUAUGAAAACAGCUAAGCACAACAGUUCAGUGUGGUGACUUUUAUUUUUUAUUUUUUUUAAAUCCCGGAGGAGAAGGUGGAGGGGGCAGGUCAGUACCGGAGCGAAGUGGACAGACGUUUUAAUCACGCACCCGCGGGCUAGAUUUCUCACCGGCCUAUUUUUUUUCUCUCUUAGUUCUUUUAUCUCUGUUUUAAUAGCUUAGCAGCUUUUACUAGCUCCUUUUCCCUCACAGUGUAGAGUCGAGUAGGACAGCUAGAGCUUUCCAGCCUGUGAGAAGAGAAGAGCUCGUGGCUUCAGCUUUGAGCCACUCAACUUUUUUUUUUUUUUCUUUUUCUUCUUCUUUUUUAAAACAAUGAGAAAACAAGUCUUCCAUCCUUUGCAUGUUGAUCCUUGAAGACUUCGAGAAUUCCUGCGAGUCCUUGUGUAGCUCAGUUGUAUUUUUUUUUUUUUUUUUUUUUUUUCUUCCUCCAACAAGCAAGUAAACACUGCAAAACUGAGAGAAUGUAACGGAACCACAGACCAAAUAAAAAAAGAGAGAGAAAUAAACCACACGUCUCAUCUCGCACCACGGACUCGGCGGAGCGAGUCGUUCCUCCGGGACGCCACAAGCUUUCACACAUCAGCCUUCGACUCGAACCCGAGCUUCAGAGGCUGCUUCGACCCGACUGGCUACUACUUCCAAACCAAAAAAAAAAAAAAAAAAAAAAAAGAGGAUAAAAUGGAGGGCAAAAAAAAAAACAAGUUUGAAUUGAAAUGUGGGCGGAUGUUUAAAAAAGAUAAAAUAAAAAAAUAAACACACACACAGAGAGAGAGAGGAAGUGGGUUUCAAUUCAACACUUUUUGUAUAAUUUAAUUUUUUUGGUCUUGUUAAAUUUUUUCUUUUUUUAAAUCUUUCUCUGUAUGCGACGGAAAGCAUCCAUACUGUGAUACUAGCAUGCCGCAUUGUCCCAUUUAUUAAAAACAAACAAAAACAAAAACGCAUCCUUUAAAAACCUGGCCGAGGAACAAGGGCUCUUCUCCUUUUUUUGUUUUUUCUUCUUGUUUUUCUUUGAAGUCGAACCAAAAAUGCGUGUGGUGGUUGUAAAGUCGCCGGACUGCAGCACACGCCGAGGACCGUCGCAUUAAACUCCAGUCUCCUGAACACACAGGAAGUGCGCAAAUAAAGUGUGGACGUCUUCUGUUACUCUUUUUUUUUUUUUUUCUUUUUUAAUGUCCAUCUCUCUUGCUCUUUCUCUCGUGUUUUUUUUUUUUCGUUUUGUUUUUAAGCUUUUAAUACUGACCAUGAUAUAUACGAAUGGAAAUUGUUACACUAUGAACUUGACCCCUGAAAUGUAAGAUGGGUUUUUGUUUAUGUACGUACACACACACACACACACACACACACACACACAGAGAGAGAGAGAGACGACUCGAUGAAAAAUGACGUUUUUACCCACAUCUGUAUAGAUUAAUGUUAAUCCAUUUCAGCUGGCUGGCUUUUCUUCUAACUAAUGCUAUUACUACACCAAAAUAUUUUUUUUUUAUUAUUAUUAUUAUUAAUAAUAAUCCUUUUUUUUUUCCUUCCUUCCUCCUUUUUGUACUCGUCAUCACCGGAUGUCAUUGUACAGAUUGUGGAAUGUUUAAGUGUAUUUCUCUUUUGAUAAAAUGUACACCUUAUUUUGAUUUUAAUUUUUGUUUUGUUUUUUCCCCUCCUCCUCCUCCUCCUCCUCCUCCUCCUCCUUCUUCUCCUCCUCUCCUGACGUUACUCCACUCAUGAGCUGGAGUGUUUGUAUUUUGUAUUUGUAAUGUUGUUGAGUUUGUUUUUGGGGUUGUUUUUGUUUUGUUUAUAAAAAAAGAAAAAACACAUCUGUUGUAUUGGAGUUCGGUGCGGUGAAACCUUGAAGCGUGUCUCCGCGUCUUUUCUAGAAGCUCCUCGACCACGAAAGGUUCCGGCUCGGGUUCCGGUCGCAGGUUUACGAGCGUGUUGCUUCGCUCUCCGGGAGAUCCAGCUUUCCCAGCAGCUCCGGGCUCUUUGCUGUCCGUAAAAAAAAUAGUAGUCGUCGUCGUCUUUUCCCCAGCUGCCGAGCGUGCGACGUUUCCAUUCCUGAAAGCUGCUUGUCGUUUACGACGUCUUUAAACCCUCGCUGCAGCUGUGGCAUGAACAGACACGUUCGCCAUGUACAAACACACACACGCGCACGGCCCCGACAUCCUGGAAUUACGCCAUAUUGCUGGAAUUGCUUUGAGCGUCUCACCUGAGACAGACACGAGUCUCACAUCCUGUUUACACCUGGGCCUUUCUCACUGCUCACAUAGGUCAGAUUUUAUCCAAUAACCAUUUAGGGAUUAAAAACUAAACAGGAAGCUGGAUGUAGCGAGACGGUUUGCAUGUUAGCGCGUGUUAGAUCCUGAUUUAACGAAGCCUCGUCAUGAGUUUAAUCCACACCAGAAAGUGAGAGCCCUGACCAUACACUCAAACCCUCGUUUCCGUACACACACACACACAAGAUCAUGUGACGAGGUUCGAUUUCACUGCACCGAAAACAAACGCACAGAUUUUGUGGUUUUGUUACAUAUUAUUUUCUUCCCCCCUCUAGAACUGUAGCGUAUCCUUCCUUCCCUCUCUCCUUCCCUCCCUCCCGUCUUUUCCUCUUCUGUAUUCAUCACUCCUCCUUUUCUCUACCUCUCCCUUACCUCUGUUCUGUUCUCUCCAUUUCUCUUGUAUAUAAAACCCUGCCAUUUUCAGACUUGUUAGUCUGCUAUGAACUCCUUUUAUACCUCAACUUUAGAACUGUUCUAGUAAGAGAAAAAGAAAAAAAAAAAACACAAAACAAAGGAAAUAUGAGAAUUGUAGUGUUCCUUAUUAGAAAAUCGAAAACUAAUAAAAUAAUCUAGUGUGCUUUUGA